AUGCCCAACACAAGCCUGCGGCGGCCGCAAAAGGGCUUUCGCCGCGGCGGCAAGUCGGCAUACCAUGGCGGACGGGGAACACGGACCUUCGCCGCCUCGUCCCGGGCAGAGGGCACAUCCGCAGACGAAAAGUGGGAGCGCACACGGCAGGCCCAGACGAUAGACGAGAACAUGGGCUUUGGCCGGUACGAGAGCGGCAAGAAGAAGGAAGGUUGGCUCGUCAAUGUCCAGUCCACAUCCAUCGAGGAUGAGAGGAUACCUGGUGGACGGGCGGCGCUCGACUGCUACUUCAUCGAGCUCGACGGAUCGACCUUCAAGGCGACCGUCGAGUACGAUCCAUACUUCUUGAUCGCGGUCAAGAGGGGACACGAGUCCGAGGUCGAGGAGUGGGUCAAGAGGGUGCCCGGCGGCGGUGUCGUCAAGGGCAUCCGCAGGAUCGAAAAGGACGACCUGAGCCUGCCAAACCACCUGCUCGGCCACCGGCGGACGUUUCUCGAGCUCAAGUUUGCCAACGUCAAUGACCUCAUGGCAGCGAGGAGAGACAUUAUGCCCGUGGCGGAGAAGAACAAGAAGAACAUGAAUGCGAUGGACGCAUACGCCGAGGUGGUCUCAGCAAGCGGCAACUUUGACCUUUUCGACGAUGACUUACGAAAUAAUGACCGAGCCAUGAACAACUCAUUCGCAGACGCGAGCGAUUACAUUGUCGACAUUCGCGAAUAUGAUGUACCGUACCACGUGCGGGUAAUGAUAGACUUGGACAUACGGGUUGGAAAGUGGUAUUUUGUCGAGGCAAAGCAUGGAGUCACCAAGGUGUGGCUCAAUGAGGAGCGCUCCCUGCCGGCGGACCCCGUCGUGCUCGCCUUCGAUAUCGAAACCACCAAGCUGCCGCUCAAGUUCCCCGACGCCGCCAUCGACCAAAUCAUGAUGAUUUCGUACAUGAUUGACGGGCAAGGAUUCCUCAUCACCAACCGUGAGAUCAUCUCAGAAGACAUUGGCGACUUUGAUUACACGCCCAAACCAGAAUAUCCGGGACCCUUUAUGAUCUUCAACGAACCAAACGAAAAGGCACUCAUCGAGCGGUUCUUCCUGCAUGUCAAGGAGGCCCGUCCCACAGUCAUUGCCACUUACAACGGUGACUUUUUCGAUUGGCCCUUUGUCGAAGCGCGAGCCAGCGUCAACGGCAUCGACAUGUACCAAGAGAUUGGGUGGAAAAAGGACAGCGAGGACCAGUUCAAGUGCAACUACAGCGUGCACAUGGACUGCUUUCACUGGGUGAACCGAGACUCGUAUCUGCCCCAGGGCUCUCGAGGCCUGAAGGCGGUCACCGUCGCAAAGCUAGGAUACGACCCCGACGAGCUGGACCCAGAGUUAAUGACUCCGUACGCAAGCGAGCGCCCGCAGACGCUUGCCGAGUACUCCGUCUCCGACGCAGUCGCGACAUACUACCUGUACAUGAAGUAUGUGCACCCCUUCAUUUUCUCGCUGUGUACCAUCUUGCCGCUGGGAGGCGAUGACACGCUGAGGAAAGGAACGGGCACGCUUUGCGAAAUGCUCCUCAUGGUGCAGGCAUAUCAGAAGGAGAUUGUGCUGCCAAACAAGCACCAGUCGCCAAAGGAGGCGUUCUGGGAUGGCCACCUGCUCGACUCCGAGACGUAUGUCGGCGGUCACGUCGAGAGUAUCGAGGCUGGUGUGUUUCGAUCCGAUAUCCCUGUCGACUUUGCCGUUGACCCCGGCGCCGUCGACGAACUGAUCCGAGACUUGGACUCCGCCUUGCGCUUCGUCAUUACCGUCGAAGAGAAGAAGAACUUUGACGACGUGGAAAACUACGAAGAGGUCAAGCAGCAGAUUGUCGAGAGGUUGACAAAGCUCAAGGAGAUUCCAAACCGACACGAGCAGCCGCUCAUCUACCACUUGGACGUCGCAUCCAUGUACCCCAACAUUAUGACUACAAAUCGACUGCAGCCGGAUUCCAUGAUUUCAGAGUCUGACUGCGCGGCCUGCGACUUCAAUCGACCGGGGAAGACGUGCGAUAGGCGGCUACCGUGGGCGUGGCGAGGAGAGUACAUGCCGGCCAAGCGCGACGAAUACAACAUGAUUCGAAACGCGCUCGAGAACGAAAGGUUUCCCGGCAAGACGCCUCAAGCACCGAUGCGGACCUUUCAGGACUUGAGCGCCGACGAGCAGGCCGGCCUCGUCCGGAAACGCCUUCAGCUGUUCUCGCAAAAAGUGUACCACAAAAUUCACGACUCUACUACCAUCGUCCGAGAAGCCAUCAUCUGCCAGCGCGAGAAUCCCUUUUACAUCAACACCGUGCGAGACUUUCGUGAUCGUCGAUACGACUACAAGGGCAAGGCCAAGGUUUGGAAGGGCAAGACUGAAGCGCUGAAGUCAUCGGGCGCCUCUGGUACCGACGUCGAUGCGGCCAAAAAGAUGAUCAUCUUGUACGACUCUCUGCAGCUUGCACACAAGGUCAUUCUCAACUCCUUCUACGGCUACGUCAUGAGAAAGGGUUCCCGCUGGUAUUCCAUGGAAAUGGCCGGUGUGACGUGUCUGACUGGAGCCACCAUCAUUCAGAUGGCCCGACAGCUCGUCGAGCGCCUCGGCCGCCCACUGGAACUGGACACUGACGGUAUUUGGUGUAUGCUGCCGGCCACGUUUCCCGAAAAUUUUUCGUUCAAGCUCAAGAACGGCAAGAAGCUCAACAUCUCGUACCCUUGUGUCAUGUUGAACCAUCUCGUACACGACCGCUUCACGAAUCACCAGUACCAGACGCUCGUCGAUCAAAAGACGUUCAAGUAUGAGACCCACAGCGACAACUCCAUCUUCUUCGAAGUCGACGGCCCCUACAAGGCCAUGAUUCUACCAACGUCGAAGGAAGAGGACAAGAACUUGAAGAAGCGAUAUGCCGUGUUCAACGACGACGGCAGCCUAGCAGAACUCAAGGGCUUCGAGGUCAAGCGACGCGGUGAGCUCAAGCUCAUCAAGAUCUUUCAGCAGCAAAUCUUCAAGUUCUUCCUUGAGGGUGAGGACUUGGCGCAGUGCUACGCGGCCGUGGCCAAGGUGGCGAAUCGGUGGCUGGACGUCUUACACAGCAAGGGGUCCACGCUUGCGGACGAAGAGCUCAUGGAGCUUAUUUCGGAGAACCGAAGCAUGUCCAAGACGCUGGAAGAGUACGGCAGUCAAAAAUCUACCAGUAUUACCACAGCACGUCGCUUGGCAGACUUUUUGGGCGAGCAGAUGGUCAAGGACAAGGGCCUAAACUGCAAGUUUAUUAUUUGCUCUAGACCACGCAACGCGCCCGUCACCGAGCGCGCCGUUCCUGUUGCCAUAUUUUCGGCCGAUGAGACCAUCAAGAGAACGUAUCUCAAGAAGUGGCUCAAGGAGGAACCCGCCGACACUGAUCCGCGAGCGCUUCUCGACUGGGAUUACUACCUCGAGCGCUUGGGCUCCGUCAUCCAGAAGCUCAUCACCAUCCCGGCCGCACUGCAAAAGGUCCGCAACCCGGUCCCGCGCGUGCCGCACCCCGACUGGCUUCAGCGGCGAAUCAACAUCAAAGACGACAAGAUGAAGCAGAAGAAGCUCACCGACUUGUUCAGCAAGGAGCCGCUCGGAGAUAUUACAAAUAUCAACGGGGCUCGCAUGGACGACAUGGAGGACUUUGGAGCCAAGCUGCUGAAACCAAAGACUGUCAGCGCGGCGAUUGCGUCCUCGCAGCCAGCUCCCACGGCGCAGAAGCGCAAGUCCCCCGAACCAGUCGAGAACGCUGACCUCAUGGUCGCGCUGCCGAAAGAGAUGCCAGGGCCCUCGGAUGAUUACCCAGCCUUCCUACAGUACCAAAAGAAGAAGUGGAAGCUCCAGAAGCAGGCGCGAAUCCGCCGGCGCCAGCUGUUUGGCGAACGAAAAGGCGUCGCUGGAGGGAACAGCAACAUUCAGCAGACGUUCAGGAAACAGGCCCAUCUGACUUUCAUGAGCACGUGGCAGCUGCUUCACCUCAAGGCCACGGACAGCCCCGGCAUCGUCACUGCACACAUCUUGAUUGACGGCAAGAUCCACACAAUCAAGAUCAAGGUCCCUCGCCAAGUCUUCCUCAACUUGAAGAGCAAGGAGCUGCCGGACAUUGAGAUCGACGGCUGCGAUGUCGAGCAGGUCAACUAUACGCUCCCCAACGGGCACCCGUCCAGCCAUCUCUUCAAGCUCACGGUGCCAGAGGACGUCUACUUCAACGAAGCGGAAAAGUUUUCGCUACUCUUCAACCAUUCAAGCGUGGAGGGCGUGUACGAGAAGCAGGUGCCGCUCAACAUUCGAGCGGUGCUCCAGCUGGGCAAUCUGUGUACUAUUGAUGAAGAGCAGCAAGGUGUUCUUGGCAAGGGCCUGGAGACUGGCUUCGACCUCAACGGCCUCAAGCGGCCACUCAAGACGCGGACGUACCUGGAGUCUUCUCCUCUGGCGUACAUUUACAUCUCGCACAUCACCGCGGGAGAGCGACAAAUCUUUGGCAUUUUCUCCACGACCGGCGAUCAAGCGCAUGUUGUCAUUCUUCAGAAGAACAGAGACUCUGGACAAGACCUGCCCAAUGUCACGAGAAUGUACUCGGAGAUGCUGGCGGCGCGAGCGCAGGAAGCGGCCGGAACGAACUGGCAGGACUGCUUCACUUACCAGGAGCGGGUCACGUUCAAGAUCACACAGGUGACGACAAGACGAAAGGCUCAUCUGGAGAUUGGCGACAUUGUCAAGAAGAUGCGCAAGGACGAGUCCAGGCCACAGAUGAUGGUCAUCCAGUCCUCACAGCGCAAUCUUCUCGUCCACGACGUGCCGAUCCUGGGCGAGUUCCCGGUCCUGCCACUAAAGUACGAUGCGACGGAUAGCUCGCUGCCUCCUCUGGGAUGGCAAUCAGUAGUUGCCCGCCGCCUGGUCGGGCACUACUUAGGACUGGGAUCUUGGAUUCUGCAUCUGACUGCCCUUGCUCGGUACGGAGACGUUCCUCUUUGCAACUUGGAGCGAGAGGAUCCACGGUUCCUCAUCGAUAUUGCCUACGCCCGGAGACUCCAGGCCAACGGGGUCGUGCUUUGGUGGUCUGCCGGCGCUCGUCCCGACCAUGCCGGCUACGAGAACGACGAUAUCGUCGGCCCUCUGGACACGGUCAAAAUGCCUAGCGUUAAUAACCCCGGCACAUUUUCCUCCGUGUGCAUCGACCUGGAUGUACGGAACCUGGCAAUCAACACCAUCCUGACCUCGUCGCUCAUCAACGAGCUCGAGGGAGCCGAUUCUGUGUCCUUCAACCCUACGGCGGACGGCUCCGAGGCCCUGGCAUCCGACAAUGCAUUUGCCAACGCCGGCGUGUUGGUGCUGCGAGAGAUGGUCAAGGCUUGGUGGGCAGAGGCGUGCAAGGGCAGCACCAUGGCCGACGUGCUCGUACAGCACCUCGUCCGCUGGGUGGAGAACCCCGACUCCUUCAUGUACGACCGCGCGCUGCACUACUAUGUGCAGAUGAUGUCCCGCAAGGCAUUUCAGCAGCUCAUGGCAGACUUUCGGCGCGUGGGCUCGCAGGUUGUCUUUGCCAACGCGAAUCGUCUCAUCCUUCAGACCACAAAGGCCGAGGUCGGCAACGCUUUUGCCUACAGCCAGUACAUCAUCAAGUCGAUCAAGAGCAAGCCGCUCUUCCACUUCAUCGACCUCGAGAUCAAGGAGUACUGGGACUAUCUGGUGUGGUACGACGAGUUCAACUAUGGCGGCAAGGCGUGCCAGGAGGUGGUGGAGGCCGAGGAGCAGAAUCUCGAGACCAUUAUGCACUGGCAGAUGGCAACAUUCCUGCCCGUGCGGCUGCAGCCGGUGUUCCAGGAAUGGGUGAUUGAGUUUAUCCAGCUCAUGCACUCCCUCAAGCGACCGGCGGCGGGAGAUCCGGACUCGACUCCGCGCCUUACGCAGCUGCCCAACCGCAACAUGGAGAAGCUCGACGGGGAGCAAAUCAUCCUGGGCAAGGCGUUUGAGAAGCCUCUCAAGAAGGCCAUCGUCGGGCUCGUCAACCAGCAGAAGCGGGAGCUCAUGCAUCCGGAGCUCGCCGAGGACUACUCGUUCCCCGUGCUGCCGGGCUCGCACCUGCAGCACCGCGGCGGGCCGGUGCUCGAGCUGGUCAAGUCGCUCAUGCAGGUCCUCUCGCUCGACAAGAACAUCACGCUCGAGGCGCGACUCCUGCGCAAGGAGCUCCUCGCGCUGUUUGAGGUGCGCGAGUUCUCCAAGGAUGGCACGUUCGCCAACCCGUCGGAGAGCCUCAAGCUGCCGCAGCUCUCGUGCGACAGCUGCACCAUGGCGCGCGACCUGGACCUGUGCCGCGACGAGGACCUUCUCCGGGGCGGCGGGCGGGACGCCGACGCGCAGGCGUGGAGCUGCGCGCUGUGCGGCAGCGAGUACGACCGGGUGGCCAUCGAGGAGCGGCUCGUGGGCAUGGUGCAGGCCUGGCUCGUCGAGUGGGCGACGCAGGACCUCAAGUGCGCGCGCUGCGGCGCGCUGCGCGUAAACGACCUGAUGGAGCACUGCACGUGCAGCGGCGAGUGGAAGGAGGUUGUGGCGCGCGAGGACGUGACGCGCAGGCUGGGCGUGACGAGGAGGGUGGCCAAGUACUACCAGCUGAGGAUGCUGGCGGACGUUGUCGACGGCGUGUAUGCUGGGUUGUGA